AGGAGUACUAAGGACCAAAGGCAUCGUACCAUCACAAUAAACCUACAGCGUGAAAUUGAGGCCUUGCGACGAAAGCGUCGAUGUAUUGCUACCCAAAAGAGCCAACUUGCAGCUGCGUACUACUCGAUGCAUAGCAAACUUCUCGAUGUCCAACAGGAACGAGACAAUGCGCUGGAAAAACGAGACGAAGUGAACACAAAACUCCAAGCCAAGUUGAAGGAGAAGGGCAUGUGGAUACAGCGCCACGAUUAUGUCCAACAACUGCAUAAACAAGAAUUGAAGCAAUGGUCAGAAUUCAAGGACACUAUGGAGAAGUCGCUUGAAAAACAAGUUCUGCACCACGCGUUGGAAAAGUUGAUUGAUGAAGAGCGUCAUGUCGUGUGCAAUGAGCUGCAAAACCAGUUUGACAACGGCAACAAGGCGUUGCAAGAAGCCAAGCAAGAAAUUCAAGAGACCAAAAUGAUUUUGAUGGAUAUGGAGAAAAAGAAGAGAACUUUGGCGUCGCAACUUCGUCAAGCCCAAGGAGCACACGAACAACUGCUUGCCAGAGAGCGGAGUGCACGAGCAACAGUCAAACUGCAGCAUCAAGGCGUACAAUUGAAUCAGCAGCGAAGCUCACUGCCCAAGCCAUCACGACGCCGGAAGAAGACUGACAUGGUCGAUCCAUAA